UGUCCUAGAAAAUGAACGGAAGAAAGCUCGUGACGUGAUCGUUCUGUCGAUCGUGUUUGUCGGUCACCAAGAAUCCCACAAAUUAGUCGUGAUAAAGAAACACGAAUUGCAGUGACCAUAUAUUUGAAACGAAAACAAAUGUAUAAUACAUAAUAUAUAUAUAUUUUUUUUCUUUGCAUUUAAAACAAUUUGAUUCUUCUCGAAUCAGGAACAAUCACUAUGUGAAAUUUAAAAAAAAAUUUAUCUAAUUAUUUUGAUUAAUUUCGAGGCGAAAUUUAUUUAUUAUAUACUUUCCCUGUGCUCUUGGAAACUGUAUCGAAUUUAUUGAAAGAAAGUUUUUAUAAUUUUUUAUACUUGACGCUUUAGUUUAUUAAGGAAUGUGUUUACGUUGAGAGUAUGGAACGAACAAAGAUAAAUUAUUAUCAAGAUUGUCACAUUUUUUGGAUUGAACAUCGGAUUGAAUAAGAUGUCACUCUUUUUCAAUUAUUUCGUAUUAAAAGAUACAUACCUUUUAGAUAUCAAGUACUAUCAUAAUCAUGAAAUCAACAAAUAUUGGACUUAUCUUUUUUUCUUUAUUUGUAAUUCCAGUUUUGCUAUCGUGUGUUGUACAAUAGUGAAUUCUAACAUCUCGUAACAAAAUUUUAAGUGCUCCUGAAAACCAUUUAAUCUUAAAAUAUUUGUCAUUUUCAUUUACACUGUUAUAUCUAUAGAUUCUUCGGUUCUAACAUUCAUUUAGACAAUGAAUCCUUCCAUCCUACUAUCAUCUAUUGUUCUCCAACAUUCAUAGCAAACAAAUGAAUGAUCAUUUCGUGAUCUUUUUAGAAUUAAAACUUUCAAGUCUCACCUCUCUUCUAAUCACCAUCAUAACAUAUUCUACACAAAAAUGAAAUUUAAAUCACAACGAAUAUCCAAUAAUUUUCGUUACAAUCACAAAGCUGCGUCCACUUGCAAAAAAUGUACUCUCAUGAUUCUCAAGAAUGAUUUGAUACUCGUAUCGAACAAUUUGCGGAUCGUCGACAAUGAAAAUUUCCUUUUAUCCGUGACAGAAGGAACAAUUCCUUCAGAAACAAGGAAUUUUUCGCGAUCAAAGGGAUAAUCUUGAUAACAGUGUCAUCCAAUCUCCAGAGAUAGAUCUUUUUAAAUGUCAAGGACAACGAAUGCUCAUCCAGUCAGAUAACUAAUUGUUUCUACUCGACUCGGCUGCCGUUUGGUUCUACCUUACAAUUUGUUAAUGACAAGAGACCCUCGAGAUUUAUGCAUACUCGAUAAUCGAGCAAUUUAUUUGGAGGAUUUUUGGAAAAGAUACAAAGUGGAUGGAUAUUAUCAUUGAUCUGUCGAAUAUCAAUAUCGAAGAAAUGGAAUACAAAAAGCGACGAUAUCUUUUAUUCGAGGAAAUCGUGGGAGGAAUUUGCUAUUCCAAGUUACACUUUAUUUUAUUAAAAUAGAUACACUUUUAAUAGAUCUUUCCCUGUUGAAUUCUCGUCUUUUUAAUUUACGGAAAUAUUAAUUAUUAGCAAGCAUCAUUCUCACGAAAAUUGGCGAACAAAAUAUAAAAUGUACGUGAUAUCCAGAAUUUUGAAGUAAUCACAAUGUUAUCGAACAUUGCAAUUAAUUAGAAUAAAGAAGAAGCAAAGUUAAAAAGUCAAAAAAGAUCUGUAACAUACUACGAAAGAAUGACAACGAGUAUAAAAUAUACCCGCACGGGAUAUCUAUUGGAAUCUUUUUCGUGUCAGGCUAGCAUAGAAACACAGAUCACUACCAUUGGUCCGAGAUAUCGUGAAACCGUCACACGUGAAAGAUACGACGACAAUCUAUUAUACGUAUAUUUCUUUUUCUUUCCUGCGCCAGUAUUUUUCUAUUUCGCGAUGGCAUUUUUUCUCUCUCUCCCUCUUUUUUUCUAUGGCAACGAUAAACAUCUUACUCUUCGUAACGGGAAACUUGUUCUUUCAAAAAAUAUCAAAUAUUGUUGUAAAUUAAAAUACCAAGUUUAUUGUCACCGAUUAUUUUCAAGAUUGAUUUCCAUUGAUAUUAAUAUACUAUUAACCUUUGAAUACAUUUAAUACGUUAAUCGGUAUCAACGAUGUUGGGUCGCAAUUAUUUGGAACAGAUUUAAUACAAAAGAUUGCGUAAUAAAAUAUUCCUUAGUAUUGUAUUUACAAGAGCAAGUGAAAUAAACCAAUGAAGAGUGACUACACCGAAUAAACAAAAAGUAAAGAUGGAAAAUCGAGUAGGUACAAGGCGAAUAUUUAUAGAAAUUGUAACGAAGAAAUUAAUAAAAUUUUCUUCUUGGUUGCGUGGUAUAUGCGUAUCGAACCAAUGGAGAACCCGAUAUCAUUUGGACCUUUCUGAUGUUACGGUAGUCUAAACUAAUCUAUAUAGGGUGUUAUCGAACAGAUAACGUUGCCUGAGCUCCUAUCUGGUAGCUACAUUUUCGAUACAAUAUAUAGGUGAUCGAUAUAUCCACGUAUAGUUCUCAGUGAUUGAGAGUACCUAUUGCGGUUUACCUCGAAGAGCUAGAAAGAAUUUCGAAAAUUGUCGAUUCGAUUGUGUCUCGUCUGUGAUCUAUAUUUUCGCCGAAAGAAAGAAAAAAAAAUCAAUCUUUCAAUCUCCGUUAAGAAAGAAUGCUCCUCGUCUCAAAAUCAAGUGUAUAAGUUGUGAAUAGUUGAUCGAAAAACCAUUAAGUUUAAUCUUUAAUUGAAAUUGAAAAAAUAGAUAAACUCGAGGAAGAAUCGUGAAACAAUAGGGGAAGUUUGAUGGACGAAUCAAUAAUAUUCAAAUUAAAGAUUUUAAAUGAUUCGUUGAACUUGACUCGUAAGAAACUUUGAAUAUCCUUUCGAAUGAACUCGUCGCCAAAGAUCAGUCGUUUUCGAGGUUGAACGAGCGCAGAAGACUUUCUCGCGAGAUUUCGUUGGAGCGAGGAGCAUUUUGGAUCUAGAUAAUUACGUAGAGAGAGAAAAAGAGAGGAGAGAGAGAGAAAGGAAAGAGACAGUGACAGAGGGGAAGUGGAAAAUGGCAAACGGAUACGAAGAUUAUUACGACGCAUCCUGGCAUCUCUUCCCUCCGGAUUACGCCGAGGAGGAAUACAGAAUUUUGGAGAGCUUCAAGAUGCCCAGGAGCACAAGUUUUCACAUCCAUGACAUUCUACAGCUUGAUUCGAAGCCAUCCCAGGAGGAAACGGAGGUGCAAGGUAGUACCACGGUGCUACCGACCACGAACGAUGUUCCGUCGGCAUACCAACAGUUUUUCGAGCACACGACGGCCAUGUUACAGCCCGCGAUAUACGCGAAUCUGAACAGAGGCACCUUACCACCCCCGCCGCCCGCUUUAUUGGGGUGGCCGACCGGUCCAACGUUACCCACCACGUUGCCUCAGCCUUUGGAAGAGGUGAAUGUGUUGCAGCAACCAGACUCGACCAGCCCAACCAUCUCGGAUCUAUCGUUCCCACCGAAGCAGGAGGCCAACCACGAGUGCAAAGAGGAAGAGUCGGCGGAGUUCGAGGAUGAGCAGCAGGCGAACGAGAUCCAACCCCACGAGACCGAGCACAAAAAGCGGAAGAGGCGAGUGCUGUUCUCCAAGGCGCAGACGUUCGAGCUCGAGAGACGUUUCCGCCAACAGAAAUACCUGAGCGCUCCCGAGAGGGAGCAUUUGGCCUCGAUUAUUCGGCUGACCCCUACCCAAGUGAAGAUCUGGUUCCAGAAUCACAGGUACAAGACGAAAAGAGCGGCGACGGAGGCGAGUGGAAGCGGGUGUUCACCUAGAAGGGUCGCUGUACCGUUGCUGAUCAAGGAUGGAAAGCCCUGCCAGUCGAAGCUGAUGGAACCUGCCACGUAUCCGACCACGGGCCAGGUUCCUAUGCCGCCGUACAUGCAGAAACCUUAUUGGUGGUAAGAUGAACUUCGUUCGUUGAACGAAUGAGAAUCAUUCGUUGUCAUUGUGGACUUGGAGCACUUGGUGGUUUGUCGAUGGCUGGGAUAUCUGGAGGAUCGAUAGAAGAGUGGUACGAAACAGUCGAAGAUGUCGUCGGAUAGUGAUCAGAUUUUGGUGGACAGAAGAUGGUUGAUUAACGAUUGCUAUCGGGAGAACAAUUUGUCUUUUCAUCCGGAAGGGAAGGGAAAAAUCGUGGAUGAUAUUGGUUGGAAGAACGAGGAAAUCUUAUCCAACUAUUCUGAAUUGGUAUAUCAUAUGCGAUAGAAAUUGUGUCAGUGGAGGAGAGAUAUUGAAGAUUUAUCGUCGAUUAUUGAUACUUGAAAUAUCGAAGAUUGUUAGAGAAGGAAUAAAAUAAUUCUUAGAUCUUUGGAGAAAUUAGAAGAACUUUCGUCUUGUUGGAAGAAAAGAGGAUUAUGGAUAAUAUCUUGAUACGGAUUUUUUGUAUAAACAAGAUAAGAAAUCUAAUUAUAAACUGAUUUAACGAACAAUGAAAGCUGUAAGAUGGAUGGAAGAGAAAGAUUAUGGAUAUAUUUAAGUCAAUAGUAACGGGUUCGAACUUCUCAUGAACAAUAUUAUUAAGGAAUCAAGUGAAAUAUUAUCUUCCUCAUAAUGUUAAACGUGUAUCAAAGAAUCUUAAAAAACAGUAUACGAUAAAAAUAUGGGGGCCGAUUCAAUUUUAAAAAUACAUCAACGAAUCUUGAAAGAAGAAACGAUCGAGAGAUAUGAAAAAUAAAAAAGAUCAAUCGGAAAAAGAGAGAAAUCGACAAGAAUACCGCGAAGAAUAAUCCAUCCUAUAACUGUCAAGAGAAUUCCAGUGCAGAAAAGAAUCGUUUUGACUAAUAUCAUAGGAUUAUGAAGAAUCAAACGUAUUAUUAACUUAGAUGAUUAACAAUAAGAAACGAGUGUUUGCCUGUGAAACUUCGACUAAGUUUACUCGAGUUCUCGUUGUUGAGUAAACGAAGUGUACUGCCAAUCGAAGUUGACCAUUAUUCUAAUUCGUAAUUAAAGUGGAUCUCGACGCAAAAUUUGAAAAAUUCGAUGAAACUUUUAUCGAUGAAAGUGUCGUUCGAGUGAAUUAAACUGCGUCUGUGUUUUGUCGAUUGUAUCGGCUACUUGCAGAAGAUAAAAACCAAAGAUAAAUCGCGAUUAUGAUCGUGGAGAAAUUUGGAUGAAAUUUGGAUACAAAGUUUUAAGGGGAUUUAAAAAAUUUGUUGGAAAAAUAGUGAUAAUAGUUUUGAAAUUAAUUGAAUGGAGAUAAUAAUUUUACGAAUAUUGAUAUUCUGUAAAUUUUAAUCCGAAUUCUAAAUUGAUCAGGCAAUUAAAAAUAUUGUGGUUUAUUUUAUAAUAUAGUAUUCUAUUUUUCGAAUGAUAAGUGAAAAAUUGGAAUAUUUCUAAAAUUAUUAUUUUUAAAAAUAAUAAUCCUGUUUGUCUCUUAAAAUGUGUAUCUACAAUUUCUAACCAAUUUAUCAAUAGGAUGAGUCGCAUAAAGUGUUCUAAACUUUCUGAUUAUAACAUUUUACGCCAAAAUCGUAACGUAAAAGUGAUAUAGCGUGAAUAAGUAGAAAAAUAAAGGAAAUAGUUGUACACUAUUCGGUCAAAA